AUGUUCCCAAAGGCAGUGUUGAGAUGUCCUCCUCGUGCAGGGAAGAAGAAACGUUAUGUGGUGAAAGCCUUGUUACAUUCACGACUAGAGAAAUGGUUGUCAGGAGAUUUUGUUUCACUUUGGACUGAAGCCAGAUUGGAAGCAGCACAUCGACCUGUAGUGUCUUCAAAGAAUGUCUCUGUCACUCAAAGUAAUGUCAAACGUGCGUUGGCAAUAGCUAGAGAAGGAAAUUUUUCUAAAGCAGUGCAAUGUCUUGGUUCUUGUGGUACUGCUGCACACAAUGAUACCCAGGCCCUUGAAGAGUUACUGCAGCGUCAUCCUCAACACGUUCUUCCAGAUUGGAAUGACGACAUUCCUCCUCCACUUACUGUCUCUUCAGAGUCUGUACUCUCUGCUUUACGUGACUUUCCCAAAGCGUCUAGUCCUGGAGCUUCGCAGUUGCAUUGCCAGCACCUAUUGGAUGCCACUGAUGGGAAUUCUUCACCGUUAUCUAAAGAUUGCCUUGACAGAUUGACUCGCUUGAUUUGUUUUCUUUUGUCAGGCCAGGCUGACUCUCGCAUUGCUCCGUGGCUUUCUGGUGCACCUUUGACUGCUCUUCUCAAGAAACAAGGUGGUAUACGCCCGAUUGCUGUUGGAGAGGUCUUACGUCGCCUUACGAGUCGCCUUUGUUGCUCAGCAGCGAGAUCUGCCUCGUCAGAUGUUUUCCUUCCGUACGGUCAAGUUGGCGUCGGUAUUCGUGGAGGUUUGGAAACUGCUGUUCAUUCGCUAUCAGCUAUCAUUGAUUUGCGUGGAAAUAAUCCUGAUCUCUGUUGCUUGAAGGUGGAUUUCAGAAAUGCUUUCAAUGAAUGUCGUCGUUCUUCUUUCCUUCAUCGAUUACAAAGGGAUUUCCCUUCAAUAUUUGCUUGGGCUCAGUGGUGUUACCACUGUGAAGGACAGCUACGUUUCGGUAGUCACUGUAUCAAAUCAUCAGGAGGAGUACAGCAAGGCGACCCUCUUGGUCCGCUCCUUUUUUCUCUGACUCUCCUGGAGUUGUUGGACGAUAUUGAUUCCACACCUGACAUCAACCUUCAGGUAUGGUAUUUGGACGACGGAACUAUUGUUGGUCCUCGUAAGGCGGUUUCUUCCCUCCUGGAUAGCUUGUCUGUAAAGGGUCCUUCCCAUGGAUUGAUCCUUAACUUGGAGAAGUGCGAAGUCUUCUGGCCCUCUGGAGAUAUUUCGUUUCCUGAGUUCCCGGAUAGUGUUCAAAGAGUGCAAUGCAUUUCUGGUGGAGCAGAGUUUUUAGGCUCUCCGGUAUUUGGAUCAGAUGCUUUUUAUGAUGCCACUUUUGGCAGGAAAAUUGACAAAAUUCUGUCAUGCCAAAGUCGUCUGACGGAUCUAGAAGACCCGCAGGUGGAGUUACACCUACUUAGAAGUUGCCUGAGCUUGUGCAAGGUUAAUCACCUUCUUAGAACAGUUCCGUCAGAGAAAGUAAAAUUUCAGCUCGAGAGGUUCGACAGCGAGUUGCGAAGCAGUCUGGAGGUGAUUUCUCGCUCAUCUGUAUCUGACGUCGCGUGGAAACAGGCCACAUUGCCAAUCCGUCUCGGUGGUUUGGGUUUGAGAGAAACCUGUAGAACUUCCGCACUCGCUUUCGUAGGCAGUUGCAAUUUUACACGGGAUUUGAGUAUUCGUCUCUUGGGGUGUGCUAAGCCACCUGUUUUGAGGAGCAGUGAAGGGCCAAUCACUAAUCCUGAUGUUCCAGAUCUGCUUUUCCCAGGUGAGGUAUCGUCUCGUGAACAGCUGCUGUCUACUCUCCUGUCUACCGCUGAUGUUGACCUCGGCGGAGCAAGUCAACAUGAUUUGCAAGAGAUUUUCGACAAGUCACUUUUAUCUGACAUUAAGAACUCAGUCAGUAUACGCGACCAAGCACGUCUAAACGCUAUAUCAACUCCUCAUGCAGGCGCAUGGCUGCGGGCAAUCCCUAACAGAAAUUUGGGCCUCGUCAUGUCUGCAGAGGAAUAUGUGAUUGCUUUACGUUUACGGCUAGGAAUUCCAAUUUUUCCUUCUCUCUCUACUAGAUGUCCAUGUGGUUCAAUAAUAGAUGCCUACGGAGAUCAUGUGUUAGGUUGCGGCUAUGGUAACCUGAGAAUUAAACGCCAUGAUGCGUUAUGUGAUGUCAUCUUUCACACACUACUUGAGGAUCACUCUGGCACUCGGAGAGAACAGCACUGUGGCGGAUAUAAUAAUUCUCGCCCAGGUGACGUCUACCACCCAGAUUUUCUACUUGGUCGUCCAGGAUAUUUUGAUAUCACAGUAAGGAAUUCCUUCCAGCAGUCUCACAUUGUCCACUCCGCUUAUUGUGCUGGUGCCGCUGCAGCAGCUGGAGAGAUGGAGAAAGACGAUCGUCAUAAAGACAACGUAGAGGCGACAGGAGGUGUUUUCUACCCGCUGGUAGUUGAGUCCUACGGAACGUGGACCUCCAGUAGCUUACAAACUUUAAAAACAAUUGCUAGAAGGACAUCUCUCCGUAGUAGUAUUACUGUCAGCAGGGCUAUCGUUAAUUUUCACGGGCAGCUCUCUCUCCGCCUUUGGCAAUUUAACGCUAGGAUGAUUUUGGACCGUUUGUCUUUGUUAGGUUUAGACAGAGACUACUCUGUUUGUUCUUCGUUGUGAGGCCCCUCUAGUGGAGGGGUAGCUAUUAUU